UAGGGUUUGUUUAAUCGGAAUAUUGUAGAGCUUUUCAAGAGCUAUUUUUCUGUAUCAGGCUUUAGGAUAACUUCGUACUGGAUUUUGAACAAAAUCGUUUUUGCUCAGCAUCGAUAUGUUUUAUGUAG